AUGUGCAGACUUAUCAUAGAAAAACUUGUUGAACCUCAACAGCCUCUCAAGAACCUCAGCAUUGUUGAGUCCAGCUCUUCAAGGCAGGAAUCUCCACACAAGCCAAGCCUCUCAAAGCAGGUGGAACAACACUCUGAACAACAAAUUGUGGAAACCCCAGCCCAAGUAGACAUGGACUACACCAAAACAGAGAUAAUAGUAACCAAUCCACAUCUUCCACAAAAGGCUCUAAUCCUGGCUAGAGAUGACAGCAGCACAAAGCAAAUUGACACCUCUGCUUCUAAACUGAAAACAUGGAAGAGAGUUGGGAAUAAGGAGGGUAGACUACAAAGAAAGCAGCAGAUCUCAACUCACAUCACCCACCGCGACGUGCACCGAGAGCCGUCGACAGGAAACAGAGGAAAAAGAAGGGGGAGUGAGAAGAGAAGCAAUAAAAGAACUAGGGUUUAUGAUGACCAUGAAAGGAAGAAAAUCAGAUUUGAAGAUGAUAAGAAGGAGAAAGCAAUGAGGUGGGAUACGAUAGGAAGUGUGAAAAACAAAGUCGUGAAGUACACGUCCACUGACUGCGAGUUUCCAAUCGUGAAGCUCAACCGCCCGCCCAUCACGUACACCCGGCCAUCAAACCCACACGCAAAGUAG